AGGCGGGCGAACCACUUGACCCGACGGGAAGAUCGGCUGCAGCGGUGCAAGGGGUCCAGGAGUGACCUAGGGCUGUGGAAAGCGACCCGUGGCCUUGUGCUUCAGGGACGGAGGCUCCGGACUGGACGGGCGUCGCUCUGAGAGUUCACCACCUAGGAUGACUUCAGUGACUAGAUCAGAGAUCGUAAAUGAAAAAGGACCAGUGAUGUCUAAGACUCAUGAUCAUCAAUUGGAAUCAAGUCUCAGCCCUGUGGAAGUGUUUACUAAAACAUCUGCCUCCCUGGAGAUGCAUCAAGGCGUUUCAGAGGAAAGAAUUCACCUUGGCUCUAGCCCUAAAAAAGGGGAAAAUUAUGAUCUCAGCCACGAGGAAAGACUUCACUCAAGGUCCCUUCAUUUGUCCCCUCAAGAACAAUUUGCCAGUUAUCAAGACAGGAGGCAAUCCUGGCGGCGAGCAAGUAUGAAAGAAACGAACCGGCGGAAGUCACUGCAUCCCAUUCACCAGGGCAUCACAGAGCUCAGCAGGUCUAUCAGUGUCGAUUUAGCAGAAAGCAAACGGCUUGGCUCUCUCCUGCUUUCCAGUUUCCAGUUCUCUGUUCAGAAACUUGAACCUUUCCUAAGAGACACUAAGGGCUUCAGCCUUGAAAGUUUUAGAGCCAAAGCAUCUUCUCUUUCUGAAGAAUUGAAACAUUUUGCAGACAGACUGGAAACUGACGGAACUCUACAAAAAUGUUUUGAAGAUUCAAAUGGAAAAGCAUCAGAUAUUUCUCUGGAAGCAUCUGUGGCUGAGAUGAAGGAGUACAUAACAAAAUUUUCUUUAGAACGUCAGACUUGGGAUAAGCUCUUGCAGCACUACCAGCAGGAGGCUGAAGAGAUGUUGUCCAGAGGAUCAACUGAGGCGAAAAUUACUGAGGUCAAAGUGGAACCUAUGACAUAUCUUGGGUCUUCUCAGAAUGAAGUUCUUAAUACAAAGCCUGACUACCAGAAAAUAUUACAGAACCAGAGCAAAGUCUUUGAUUGUAUGGAGUUGGUGGUGGAUGAGCUGCAAGGAUCAGUGAAAGAGCUGCAGGCCUUUAUGGAUGAAAGUACCCAGUGCUUCCAGAAGGUGUCAGUACAGCUUGGGAAGAGAAGCAUGCAACAAUUAGAUCCCUCACCAGCUCGAAAACUGCUCAAGCUUCAGCUACAGAACCCACCUGCCACACAUGGAUCUGAAUCUUGUCAGUGACCUUAUGAGCUUUUCUGCCACAAGGUGCCCGACAGGAGAGGAAUGGGAAAAGUGCCCCAGAACGUGGUGACUAUGUGAUUUCUGCUCUGUUGCCUUUGAAGAUAACUGGCAGGACUGACUGUAGAGCACUUUGACUUUUUUCAAAAAGUGAUGGAAUGUAUGCAUCCAAAUGAACAUUGUAUAGAUGUUUUUCACAGCAAUGUGCAAAAUGCUUGAAAGUUUAACCUUCUUUUUUGAAAUCAUCUUCAGAUCCAGUGACCCAUUCUUUUAUCCUUAUCCUGUAAAGAUGUUUUUCAGGUUUUGAAAAAUCUAAGUCAUUUAGGACAAAGUCUAAGGAAACAUUUUAGUGGCCAAGUUAGAUUCUGGUUGUAAAGGAAUGAUACUAAUUUUCUAGUAUGGCUCUGAAGGUGAUUUUAGGUAGAAGAGUUUUGAGGCUGGGUGCAAUGGCUCACGUCUGUAAUCCUAGCACUUUUGGAGGCUGAGGCGGGUGGAUUGCUUGAGGCGGGUGGAUUGCUUGAGCCUAGAAGUUCAAGACCAGUCUGGGAAAUAAGGUGAAACCCUGUCU